CAUGCACCAUCCCAUAACAAACAACGACUUCACCACAAUCAUCCCGUUUAUCCACACAAAACACCUGCUCUCCCUGCUCACCCUGCUCUUUGCCGCCGUCAUGGUCAAGAAGCUUACCAAAAGUGGCGCAACUGGAGCCGAAGCGCCUACAAUUACCCCGCCAUCGACCUUCACAGACGGAAUCCUGCCCAAACUGAUUGUCUUCGAUCUCGAUUACACCCUGUGGCCUUUUUGGGUAGACACGCAUGUCACUCCUCCUCUCAAAGCAUCCUCGAGCCACGAUUCUGCGAAAGACCGAUUCGGCGAGAGCUUCGCCUUCUACAAUGAAGUCCCCGAGAUCCUCCACUCCCUUCGAGCACGCGGAAUCAAAGUCGGAGCAGCCUCCCGAACCUCGGCGCCAGAUCUAGGAAAGGAGAUGUUGAAGAUACUACAUAUAGGGGAUGAGGAGGGCAAGAAGCGGAAGGCGAUUGACUAUUUUGACCACUUGGAGAUAUAUCCCGGCAGCAAGAUUACACACUUCACCAAGCUACAGAAGGCGACGGGACUGAGGUUUGAGGAUAUGCUUUUCUUCGACGAUGAGGCGCGGAAUAGGAAUGUAGAGACACUGGGAGUUACGAUGUAUUUGGUUAGGGAUGGAGUAAGUAAGCAGGAAAUUGAUAAUGGUGUCAAGGAGUGGCGGAAGAGACACGGGCAUUAUAUCGGAGGACGAUAGUGAAUAGGAGAUAGGGAGAGUGAAUUCUGGCUGCAUCGCAUGGCGUUGGGAUAUAAUGAAGAAUCAAAGAAGACCAGAACAGCUCUUCAAUAGAAUAGAAGGUUAAUUGCAAGAACAAUGUUCAAGCAACAUACCGAUCAACCCCC